AUGGCAGUGGAUCUUUCAAAAGCUGACUCGGAGUUGCGCUUCCAGAUGGAAGAGGUGGGCGUGUCAGCAGCCGUCCAGAAGAAGAUUUAUGAUGCCGGGGUUAUCUCCCUGCGUAUCUUCGGGGGCUUGGAAGAGUCCCGGGAGGAAAUGCGGGCAGUGUUCAAGGCCGAUUUUGGCUUUGACCCAAUGGGCGACAUUGAGAUGCGCAAGGAGAUCUCUAAGUUGCUGUGCGUGUGGGAGAGCUCGCGUAUGCAGCUAAAAUGCCAAGAGCAGAACCGGCAGGACGCCAAACUGGGCGUACAACAGCGCCUGGUUCAGAACACAGAAUAUUCAGCAAUGAGGGCGGCAGUUGAGUGCGCACAGGGGCGAUCAUUGAAAGAUCGCGAAGUGCCCAGCAAAUCGCUGAUAGCUCUCAAACUGGAACAAGUGGAAGAUGGCGCACCGGUUGCUGAGGACUUGCGAGAAGUGACGUCCCUGGAAGAUGCGCAUGUAGAAGCAUAUGGAGCCGUGAUCGACCCUGCCUCGCAGACGCUGCGGAUCCGCCCCGGAAAGGCCACAACCACGCCUCCCGCGACGCCUGAAGAGCUUCGGCUGCAUCACCGGAGACUGGGGCUAGCCUGGGAUUUUGUGCGAACUCGUCAUUCGACCAGAACUUGGCUACCACAGUCCUGCGUGGACACCUUCCGACUGCUCUCGGACCAUGUGCUUGGCUCCCAUGUGGUAGGUGUGAAGACGGCGGAUGGCUGCACUGCUACUUGGUCUCAGGUACUCACCUAUGAACUUGAGCUACGUAAAGCUGCCUACCGUUUUGUGCGCGAUGGAAAGAGUUCCUGUUUGAAUUCUGCCAUUGAGAAAGCCAUCGACUCCACCGACCUGUUGAACUUGCAUUUCAUUAUCGCUAUGACGCUCGGCAAGGAACAAAGCUGUCCAGGAGAAGAGGAGGUUGCUGCUCCGCCGCCGCCUGCUCCCCAUCCGGCAGGCAGGGGCUCCAAAGGCAGUGGCAAAAGCAAGCAGAUGCCUUCAUGGGAGCGCCAAUGGGGAAAAGCGGCCCGCACGCCAGAAGGCAAAUUGAUUUGCUUCAAGUUCAACAAGCCAAGUGGCUGCGCUGCCGGCAAGAAUUGCCGAUUUGAACAUGUCUGCCAGCGGUGCUUUCACCGCCACCCCUUCUUUGAGUGCCGCUACAAGCGCGAUGCAAAGCAGCUGGGCAAAAGUGCGUCGCCUGCGGUGGGGGAUGUUCCCCCGCGCCUGGCUGUCUCGGAAGAUACUGCCAAGCGUCGCAGACAAGACUGUGAAGAAGCUGCUGGUUUGCGUGAAGUCUACAGUUCUACAGACGCUGAAGAUUGGCGCUGGGAGCUUACUGGUGAAGGCGUGUGGGAACCGCGUAGCUUGGAAGUGGCUGAAGACAGUUCUGAUGAGGACGAAGAUGGCCACGUCAAGCCACAGCUGGGAGAUGGAGUCUUGGGCAGGGGGCCCCCGCUGACCGCUAGAAUGUUUGGGAAAAGGGUGCCAUUUUGCGAUGGUUUCGGCUUGUGCUCACCGGGAAGGUGGUGUCCGAGCAGGCGGAGAUGCGCCGGGGACAUGCCGUCGCUGGGAUUUGCCGAAAGUCUUGGCAAGGAGCUCCUGAAGAUCCUAGUGCGGCACGUGGACCUAGUAAGCUUAGCUGCAAAGCUGUCGCUGGGCAAGGUCUCAGACAACCCGUUCAGUUCGGAAGUGUUGGAUGAAGGACGUGAGCUUCUUUUUAAUGCGUUGGAAUUUGCCGGGGCCAAGCUCCCGGUGAGGGAGCGGACGGAGGGGCAGCCCUUUUACCUGGCGGCGAUGGAGGAGCUGCUCCGCCUUUCCGGCGAUCCUGACAGCAGAGUUUUCUUUUCUUCCAGUGUGUCUUUCGCAAAGGGUGUGCGUCUGGGGCCUGGGGUGUGCUUACCGCGGGUGCCUUCGGUCUUUGAGAAAAAGGAGAAGUGGCGGAAAUAUGAUAGUGGGUUCUGCGAGCCUGGAGCUGAGCGGGAAAACUAUUUGUCUGCAAGGGAGCACGCGGGCGAAGUCCAACAGCAGUUCCAGGCGGAGGCAGCGCUGGGUGCAAUGGUCGAGGUGACCACGGCAGAGGCCCGAGCGCAAUUUGGAAAGCAGCUAGCUGUUGCUUCCUUGGGCGCGCUCGAAAAGAAGGAUGGCACGUAUCGAGUCGUGCACGACGGCGCCAAUGGGAUCACAGUGAAUUCUGCUAUUCGGGUGCGUGACCAAAUACGCUCACCGGGUGCUGGCGAGCUUCGCGCUGCGCUCCAAGAGCUACCUGGGCAAUGCUUUGGAUUGACUGGAGAUGUGGAGCAUGCGCAUAG